AUGCAGAGCGCGAAUGAAGGGCCUGCGGAUAUCAUUGCCAAGGUAUCCGGUGUUGUGUCUGGCGGUAAGAGGGAGGAUGACGGCCUCUACUUUACCAACAAUGAGGGAAUUCCGUUUCCCGAUCCUGCCCAUAGCAAGACUGUCGGAGGAAUCCCAGUUGCAAGUGAUGUGUUUCUCUUCCAGAAGCAGCAGCAUUUCAACCGAUCCAAGCCAUUGGAGCGAAUGGUUCACCCUUGCGGCUCUGGAGCUUUUGGCUACUUUGAGUGCACUCAGGAUGUCACCGACCUCACCAAAGCCGACUUCCUUUCCAGCCGUGGUGAGAAAACGCCCGUCUUUGUGCGAUUCUCUACCGUGACUUUUGGUCGCGAGUUCCCAGACCAAGGGCGAAACCCGCGCGGAUUUGCCAUCAAGUUUUACACCACGGAGGGCAACUAUGACAUUGUUGGCCUCAACUUUCCCGUGUUCUUCUGUCGAGAUCCCAUUCAGGGUCCCGAUGUCAUUCGCUCCCAGAGCCGCUGGCGUUUCAACCAUGGAUAUGGCUGCCACACCUUCAAGUGGGUGAACAAGAACGGCGAAUUUGUCUACAUCAAGUACCACUUCAUCGCCAAGCACGGACAAAAGACCUUUACCGACGAGGAAGCCGUCGCCAUGUGCGGCAGAGACCCGGAUUAUUCCAAGCGCGAUCUCUGGGAUGCAAUUGAGCGCGGCGAGGAGAUCGAAUGGACUGCUUAUGUGCAGGUGAUGCAGCCCGACCAGGCAGAUCCCGAUAAGCUUGGCUUCGACCCCUUUGAUGUUACCAAGGUCUGGCCGAGGAGUCAAUUCCCCAUGAAGGAGUUUGGCCGGCUCGUGCUGAACAAGAACCCGGAGAACUUCCACCGCGAUGUGGAACAGGCCGCUUUUUCACCUGGCAGCAUGGUGCCAGGCAUCGAGGACUCUCCGGAUCCGCUGCUUCAGUUCCGCAUGUUCUUCUACCGUGACGCUCAGUACCAUCGCAUCGGUGUCAACUUGCAUCAAAUUCCGGUCAACUGUCCUUUCAUGGCCAAGUCGUAUGCGUCGCUCAACUUUGACGGCCCGAUGAGGACGGACGCCAAUCAUGCCGGCAACAAGCAGUACGCUCCCAACAGCUUUGCGCACAAGUUCCGGCCCGACACGGCGGAGGCGCCGUAUGCUGUCAGCGAUAACAUUGUUAGCCGGAAGAGCCACUACUGGCACGAGGGUAAAAAGAAUGACUACGACCAAGCGACGGAGCUCUGGACCAGAGUUAUGACGCCUCAGGAGAGGGAGAAUACGUGCAAGAAUACGGCCAAGUAUCUCAGCCUCGUGAAAUAUAAAAAUAUCAGGUCUAAGUAUCUCGCUCAGCUCUACAACAUCUCUCCCGACUACGCGACUGGCGUCUUCGAACUUCUCAAUGAAACCGAGUUUGACUUGAACGAAGUCAAGAGCCUGGCAGAAACAGCCCAGGAGUGGUACAAGGAGAAGAAAUUUAUGCCUUCUACUGGGGAGAAGUUGAUGGGUAAUGUCCCUGGGAUGCCUGUGUAUAAUAAUAUGUGA